UGUCGUAAAUAUGUACAGACAAGAGACAGCCUAGAUGAGAUGGCCCUGUUACAGGGAGGACAUUCAACAUAAACUCUUACAACUUGCAGUAGCAGACAACAAUUGUACUGCUUUACAGCCCACACAAAAAAUAAACUACUUCUUCUACAACAACAACAAUGAUGACGACGACAGCAACAGCUCUGUCUGUUUCUUGUUCAAUCUUAUUUAUUUCAAAAAUCCAAGUGUUUUUUUUGGGCUUGAUAAUAGGAGUUUUUCACUUUAGCUGAGCUUAACAAAAAACAGAAUAAGAACAUGGGGUUUUGUUUUUUAAUUAAAGUAAAGAUUUUUUUUUUGUGUGUAUAGUAAAGGAAUAUUUGUGAUUUAGAAUAUUUAGAGUAAUGGGUUUUUGUUGUUUGAGUUUGGUAGUGAGGGCGAGGGAGUAGUCAUAGGAGGGAGUAGUAAUAAGUCAUCUCUCCCCUGGUCGCGUUGUCGGCGCGAGGGCACUUUCUGUCGGCAAUGUUUGUACUGUAUCCAACGAUGAUUCUCUUCUUUAUUAUUUCUUAAUAUUAAUUUAAAGAAAAAACGUACAGCAAGUUGCUGAUUGAUUUCAUUCUUUCUUUCUUUCCUGCAUCAGUAGCAGUUUGUUUCUUUUUAGACCAGACCUUUAAGCUUUGUUCAUUUUUACCAUCUGGGGUUUCUUUUCUUUACUUAUUUUUUUGGAGAAUUUUUUGCUGGGAAUGUGGGGUGGAUUUUAAUUUUGGUGAUCGUGUCAUUGGAAAACUGAUCAAUUUGUCAUUGGCAAAUGAAGCUGAGGUUUCUGGGGAUCUGGCUGCUCAAUUUAUCUGUGAAUACAGGUUCCAUGUAUAUUGUCUCAUAUUGGACUAAAACCUUACAGCAUAGCUGAAGUGGUUCCUAUACUAAAUGUCAAGGACUCUUGCAGCCAUACUGGGAGGUGCUGCAGGAGUCAUGGCAUUGGCGGGGGUAGUUAUUUUUGUUCUUUGGUGCUUAUAUCACAAAAAGACUGUGUCAAGAACUUCUGAGACAGGAUCUUCUGAAACAUCUAUUCAAGGAAGCCAUGCAGGGAUCGAGUUGUCAUCACAAGAAGCAAGGCGUUUUGAGAUGGAAGAAUUGGGUCUGGCCACGAAAGGUUUUAGUGAGAAAAAUUUGAUCGGGUUAGGAAAAUUUGGGGAGGUAUACAAGGGUUUGCUUAAUAAUGGGAUGAUUGUGGCCAUCAAAAAGAGACCUGGAGCUCCUAGUCCGGAAUUUGUUGAUGAGGACUGGCUUCUUGAAUAUCAGGUGCGCUACCUGUCACCUAUUCAGCAUCGGAAUCUUGUGACACUUUUGGGCUACUGCCAGGAAAAUAACUUGCAGUUUCUUGUAUACGAGUAUAUCUCUAGUGGGAGUGUUUCCAAUCAUUUGUAUGGAGUUGGUCAAACUUUGGAUGGGAAGCUAGAAUUCAAGCUUAGACUUUCAAUCGCUCAUGAGGCUGCUAAAGGUUUGGCUCACCUUCACUCUCAAACUCCCCGUUUGUUGCACAAGAAUUUCAAAACAGCCAAUGUUCUCGUGGAUGAAAAUUUCAUAGCUAAAGUUGCAGAUGCAGGACUUCGUAAUUUCCUGGGAAGAGUUGAUAUUGCAGGCCCAUCUACACAAGUGACAGCAGAUGAGAUAUUUCUUGCCCCGGAGGUGAGAGAGUUCAGACAAUUUUCUGAGAAAAGUGAUGUAUUCAGUUUUGGUGUAUUCCUUCUAGAGUUGCUAAGUGGCAAGGAAGCAACAGAACCAUCUCCAGAGACAAGCCAAAAUCUGGUCGAGUGGGUGCAAAAUACUCAAGACCACACCAAUAUUUCCAGCAUAGUCGACCACAGAUUGGGGAGUAGCUUCACUGCAGAAGGCAUGGAAGAGUUUAUACAGUUGAUGGUUCAAUGUGUGGAACCUUCAAGUGAUAGGAGACCACUAAUGAGUUAUGUGGUAAUGGAACUUGAUCGUAUACUUGAGAAGGAGAGGAACUUGACGACGGUCAUGGGGGAAGGAACCCCAACAGUGACCCUUGGAAGCCAGUUAUUUAGACCAACCAAGUAAAACAACCUUGUGUUCCUUCAAGAGUAUCUGGGAGAGUGAUUUUUGUGAUACUUCAAUCGUUUAUUUCAAGUGUUUCUUCCCUUUUUUGAGAGCUCAGAGAAUAUGUUUAGCUGUUUGUAGUAAGUGUAUAAAAGAACAGCUAUGUUAUAUUAUUUUCACAUUUUUUAUGUUAUUUUAUCAUAAAUGUAUUGAUAAUCUUUUGUAAACCAUUAUUUGUUGCUAAUAUUAUCAAAGUGAAAAUUGAGAUU